AUGUCUGUCGGAGUGGCUAUCAUUGGAAGCGGCAUCUUCGCUCGCGAAGAGCAUCUGCCUGCAGUCCAAGCAGCAAAGGACUUUCAGCUGAAAGCCAUCUAUUCCCGCUCCCUCAAAUCAGCUCAGGACCUCGCAAGCGGGACUACGCGCGUUGACCUCUACUCCGAGGACUCUGGCCCAGGAAAGGGUUACGCCGAUUUACUCGCCCGCGAGGACAUCGCGGCGGUUCUCAUCGCUCUCCCCAUCCUGGUCCAGCCGGAUUUCAUCCGCAAGGCCCUGACGGCAGGAAAGCACGUCCUGUCCGAGAAACCGAUUGCCAAGGACAUUGCCACGGCGCGCAACCUACUACAGUGGUACCAUGCAAACAUUGACACCAGCAAGACUCUCUGGGCCGUUGCAGAGAACUUCCGGUACAUGACCAAGUUCCUACGCACGGCCGAGGAGGUGCAGAAGCUGGGGCGAGUCAAGAAUUUCCGGGUGAAUUCUCACGCGCUGAUCUCGACGGGCUCGAAGUAUUUUAGUAAGUUAUAUCUACUUUGCUAUGUCUUUUCAUCUAUUGCGUUGUCUGACGAAGCAGAAACCGCGUGGCGCCAAACACCAGGAUACCAGGGUGGAUUCAUCCUCGACGGCGGAGUCCAUAUCAUAGCAGCUCUACGAUUGAUUCUCGGGUCGAACGAUCCCGUCGCUACGAUAUCCGCGCAGUCCUGUCUCCAGCAGCAGCAUCUUCUUCCUCUGGACACGGUGAACGCGGUGAUGAAGACCAAAUCUGGCGCUACGGGUGUGCUGUCCUUGUCGUACGGAUCAGCCUUUAAUGACUCUGUUUUCGAGUUUGACUGCGAGGGGGGCGUGGUCGCCUUGAACUUUGACACGCUCACAAUUAAAGACGAGAGCAAUGAGCUCGCCUUUGACGGACGAGGCGUUAGCCGUGAGGUCGCUGUAUUUGCUACGACGAUUGCCAGCGGUGGUUCUGUCGACAAGCGACAGAGCCCGGAAGAGGCAUUGGCGGAUUUGGAGAUUAUGGAGAAGAUGCUGACCAGUGGUGAGAGAGACGGCGAGAGACAGACCGUGGAAUUACAAGUGUAG